CAACAUGCUGCCGCUGCCGCUGGUGCUAUUGCGAUUCCAAGCAACGUGAAUUUUGUUAGCAAUUUAUUGUCAAUGUUAAGUUAAAUAAUUUGCAAACUGAUUAUGUGAUAACAUUACAAAAUGAGUGUUUACCACGAUGAGGUCGAAAUCGAGGACAUGGAAUAUGAUGAAGAAGAAGAGAUUUAUUAUUACCCAUGUCCGUGCGGAGAUCGAUUUCAAAUAACCAAGGAAGAACUAAUGGAGGGUGAGGAAGUGGCUACAUGUCCGAGUUGUUCACUCAUCAUUAAAGUCAUUUAUGAUGCCAAUAUGUUCAAGGCGGAAGAAGACGAAGAAACUGUCCUUAAUGAUAAAAUGAAAAAUAUGAAUUUGGAAAAACACUAAAUAAUUAGCAAUGCUUCUUUUGUAAAAAGAAAGUGUUUAUAUAUUUCUUUAAUAAUAUAUAUAUUUUUAAUACUUGUUGACUAGAAUAAACAAUUAUGUUUUGCAUCUUUUCUUAUAUAUCUAUAUUCUCAUUAUAAUUAUUUGCAAAUAUUUACUUUUUAUUGAACUUACAUCUAUAAUUUAAACAUUAAUGGAGUUGAGAAAGAUUUAUUCAAUUGCUGGAUUAUCGACCAAUACUGCUUGUAUGUGAAAUGUGGGCGUCACUUUCUGAUAUUAUACUUAUAAUAUAAAUUAUUAUUAUGGUUUAAAGGAAAGCAAACACAACUUUUUUGAAAACAAAUAUAAUAUAUCAAAUUUGACUAAAAUAAUAAAAUGACAAAAGUUAUCUUACAAAUACAUAAAUGAAAACUUUCAAAUUAAUAAAGAGCGAAUAAAUAAUUA